GAGAAAAUCAUCCGUUGGCCAUCGUCAUUGCGAACCUCAAGCCUUCGUUAAGAGGACUACAUUCGGAUCCGUCACCCCGUCGCGCGAGCAUGGUGCUGUCAUAGGUGAGGAGCCUCACUCAAUUGGGUUAUUUUGAUGAAUUUCAAAGUCGCUAACGUCCAAUGGCAUGCAGAAGUUCGAAGCCUCCUUUUUCCGAACACAAAAAAAAAAAAAAACCGCGAUCAUGCCACCACACCCCCUCCACCCGAGGUCGCGCAUGACCUCUUCGCUCUUUGCAACCACGGUUGUCGCAAGCUUCUUCGUAGUCGGCAUGCCGCAUCUGUUACCGUGUCCGGCACCGAGAGUCACAUACGCCGAUGGAGAGAUAGUGGUGGGCGAGGACGGUCGCCGAAGGAGGCGCCGCCGUCGCGAGGCAGCCCCCGAAAUCAACGACGGCGUUGUCAGCUUCAAUCAAAUGGGCGACGAGGAAACGAUACGAGCACGAGAGGAGCGAUUGAGGAGGGAGUGCCCAGUACCGAAACCUGGUGGCAUUUUGGGCGAGUGGUUGGGAUUCCACGGGCCGAGCAAAGCAGAAGAUAGUAGAGCGGGAAGGUGACGACAGCAGAUGAACAUAUGUACAAACAACUCAAAGAUACCAUUUACGACCAAUAACUGCGGUCCCAGCGGCAUUGGAUGUGCGAUGACGAUAGACUGGAUGACACGCAGGAGAUGGUCAUUGUGACGAGCAUGCAAUCACUCAGCGAACAAUCGCUCUGCCGAAUUGAGAGGAUAUGGGUUAAGGACAUCCGCUUACGCCAGAAAAAAAAGAGUUCACCCCCCCGGUGCUGAACUGGGGGCUACAUCUCUUGGUGCUCAUGCUGGGAUUCGAACUCGGGUACUCGCUAAGCCUGUCGUCGAGUAGGCUGGUUGGCGUUUUAAUUGUUGACCUUGAACCACUUCACCAACCAGCCAGUUUGACCUGACCCCCGACCUAGAGGGCGCCUGCUGGCUGGUGACAGGAAUGGGAUUGAGGGGGUCUAUAUGGGCUUGCUCUUGUGGUGUAUUCAGUAGAGCUGGGAUGAAUACACAUACACGGGAUGAUUCACUGAAGGUGGCUGAUGCGCCGCGAAGAGUUUGGGAACCAAGGACCCGAAUUAGGCAGAAAGGGCAAUCAAAACCUCGCAUCCUCUAGUAUACCGCAGGAUCUCGAGAAAGGGGCCCUUGCUCAAGUCAGCAACGAAAACAGAGCCUUCUGAUUGAUGCCAC